CACUAUUCAUGGUUCAAAAAGCGUAAAAUUUUAAAUGACAAUUAAUAAUACUGACAUAAAAACAAACCAGAUGAAUAGAAGAUUCUGUUAGACUACAAUCAGUGCUACUCGCAUCGAUGACAUGUUACGGUUCGUGAUAUCUUUCUUGUGCUUAUCAAAAUUGUCUUUAAGCCAAGAUCUAACCAAUGUUGAAGAUAUCAAAGUUUUAAGCGAACUACCCAUAGAUAAGUUACUGUCUUUGAAAAGGGGAUAUGCUGUGGAGAAAGAGGAAAGUAGUAUGAAUUUUACUGAUGAUGGAAUUGAAUCUAGGACAUUUCCCGAAGCAUUGGCUCUUCAGGGUAAAUCAAAAAUUAAAGACCGUGGCGGUCACAGCAGCGGAGGCGGUCACAGCGGUGGCGGCCACUAUUAUUACGAAGAACACUACGAAAAAGAUGGUGGCAAAAAGAACAAAAUACAAAGUAUUUUCCAAUUAUCUAUCACCUCGUUAGCGUUCCUGGCUUUCGGAGGUUAUUUACUUUGUCUCCUUAUACACGCCAUAAAAGGAAAACAGAAUUAUAAUACUACUAAUCCAGCUAUUGUACAAGCUUUUGCCACUUACGUAGCUCAGAAAAUAAAAAACGUUAAAAACAAAAGACCCAGAAAAAGGAGGAAAAAUUUGAAACUGCAAAAAAGACCUAAUAGAUAUUUGCAGGCACAAAAAAGACCAAAUAGAAAUGUAAAGAAACCCAAUAAAAAUGUCCAGAAAAAACCUAGCGUAAAUAGGAAUCCGUAUAUUUAUGGUGAAGUGCCUACUCCAAUUAAACAUAGAUCAAGAAGAAAUGUUAACGAAAGCAUAGACAAUAGCGCUGGAUUUUUAGUAACUGAUGAUUAUCUAUAUCAUGCUUUAGUGGAUUUAUCUGAAGCUUACACGAAAUAUAAUACUUUUGAUUAUAUACAAUAUAACCGGACGAAAUAUGGUUUAUAAUAUUUAUUAUCAUUAUUUAUAUAAAAAAAAUGGUGUACAUUUUUAGAUUCUCCUUCUAGAGUAUACAAAUUUUAUAAUGAAAAAAGAAUAAUAAUUGAAAUAAGACAUCCGCUAUACUAAAUUUGAUGGCAUACAUCUAUAAAAACUAUGUCACCUAAGAUAAUCGACUCCAAAUACCCUGCUUAUUAACCUGCUGAUCUAACAGUAGCCUCUUCAGUCUCUUAAUAUCUAUAAUUCGGUGUAUUUUGAGCGGAAAAUUUAAAUUUAUUUGAAUUUUUAGAUAAUUUUGACUCCUGAUUUCUAGAAAAUUAUUAAUAGGAUAAAAU